CAGUGGCACGCUCGUGUUAUCAAGUGCCGCAUUUACACCCAUGUGCCGCAAACGAUGCAUACCUUAGCAUGUCAGAACGCCGUGGUACGAAGGCUCUAGAACUAUGGUGUCGCCGCGUCACCGAGGGCUAUAAGGAUGUCCGCGUCACAAACAUGAGCACCUCCUGGCGCGACGGCCUCGCUUUCUGUGCAAUUAUCCACAACUUUCGUCCGGACUUGAUAGAUUUUACCGCGCUGAAAAAAGAAGACAUAUACUACAACAAUGAACUAGCAUUCAGCAUCGCCGAAAAGCAUCUCGGCAUCCCGUCUCUGCUGGACCCGGCUGAUAUGCUAAAAUACGAAGUGCCUGACCGAUUCUCAAUACUAACCUACCUGUCACAAUAUUACCGAGUAUUCAGUAAUCAAGAGCCAACCGCCACCAGCAAAAAAGUAACAGAAAAGGAAACCAAAUCGACGGACGGUUUGGACGGCAAGAUGGCCAACCCAACCGCUUUCGUAGGAGUCCCGAAACGCGAACCUUGUCGCAAGUGCGGUAAUCCGGUGUUUUUCGCCGAGCGUAUCAGCUUCGAGCAGAAACUGUUUCACCGUUCCUGUUUGAAAUGUGCCCGCUGUGGAGCUCAGUUGACGUUGGGCAGCUUCUACGAAACGGAAACCGACGGCGAGUAUUGCUGCGAAACGUGCCCGGAUGAAGAAAUUCAAAUCUCCGAACGACGUCGAUCGAUGUCCUCCGAAGUGACGGAGUCUCCGGUAAACGGAAGUCGAGAAAACGUUCGCACCAGUCGAAGUAGCAAACUUUUAGAGCGGAUAUCAUUUUUUGAAUCGGCUCCUCUCAGCGAUGAGGAAAAGACGUCCAACAUGGUUAGGCGGGCCAAGAUGAGUAGUUUUCUCAAGGAUUCGUUGGAAAAGCCGGACAAGUUGGAUGACUUUAAAGAACCAGAGAAGAAUGACCAACCAACUCGUCUUGAGGAUUCAUCGGACAGCGAAGACGAGCCGGAACAAGAGGAGUCUCCUCCAAGUCUACCAGCGACUGAUCCGCCUCCAAGCCCACCGGCGACUGAACCUGCUCCCACAAUAUCUGAAGAAACUAACAAAAUCGUUGUUGAAUCGACUAUCGACGAUUUACCUACUAAUGUUUCAAGCACAGUAGAUAUAGAUGAAAACUUGAACAUACAGAAAGAAUCGGAUGCUAUUAUUGCAGAGCGUGAUAACCAUGAAUCUCUUGAAUCCCCUGUAGAAAGUCACAAACCUUUAGAAACUUCUGAAAAAUUGAAUAAAGAUGUUACUGAACCAGUUCCAUUGCAAGAAUAUGCAACUCUUCAACUGGAUAGCAAUGAAAAUUCGUUAAACGAAAUGGAAAAGAUUGCUGUGGAUUCCGAAACUCCUGUGGAAGACGACUUAAAAGAGGAGAAACAUAAGGAGCAAGAAAACGACGUUGAAAUGGAGAAUCAGCCUAUACAAGUGCCUGAAGUAAAUGUGAUUUGCGAUGAAAGGAUUGAUUAUACUAUUAGUAAUCCGGAAGAAGUGCCUAAGAAUGAAGCCAUUGUAAUAAGUGAUAUCGCAACCGCAGAACCAACAACUAUGGAAGAUAUAUCGCAGCCUAUAGAAAGACAGGAAGACGAACCUACAACUAACGAAGCGUACCCUUCGGAUUUGAAUCCAUUCGGAGACGAAUCCGAUGAGGAUAAAGUACGAGCUCCGUCCAAACCCGUUCCUCCAGCACGAAAGGUUAGCACAAAUCCAUUUGGUAGUGACGAUGAAGACGAAACGCAAACGGUUAAUGCCAAACCGCCACGUCCUCCGCCUCCGAAAAUUAAACCUCCUGUACCGGCUAAUCCAUUCGACGAAGACGGAGACGAUGAGCCAGAGAAAGAUAUCAUCCCAGUCAUCAUCAAGCCUUCUCCUCGUCGAACUCCAGUCCCAACGCCACGAAAGCAGCACAACCAUACAGAUUCUAUCAGUUCUAUGGAAACAUCACUAAUGUCGAGUCAAUUUGGAGGCUCAAAUGCUUCACUGGCUUCAUCUUUGGAUAGCGCUUCAGCGUCUAUGACGAUUACUCGCAGAAAGAAGUCGAAAGCACCUGAUGCUCCAGUAGCCAUCACGAAAACAUCCACUGAAAACUUAUCCCCCAGUCACUCUACAACUCCGCGCAAGAAGCGCGUAGCUCCUGCGCCUCCAUCAUCUACGCCUAAGUCAAAUGAUACACAUUCUCUCUCCCCUAACCCUACUCAACGACUCAUAGCACUUGAUAGUAGUUUAAUAGGAAAUGAUUUUGAUCUAAACGAGCCCAUAAGUCGAGCGCCUAGCAAUGAUUCCGUAGUCUAUCGCAGAACCAUCGUUCCUUUGAAAAUUGAUGACGACAGUUUGACUCUGGAAACCACCACAAGCGAGAGGCAGUGGGAAAAAAUGAAGGACAACAAGGAAGCUCAAAACCGCAACCGACAAUCACAGACUUCGCCAACCAGCACCCAAAACGAUUCCUAUAACGCUUUGAUUUCCAACAAAUCCCAGCAAGGCAAAUGGAAGCGACGCAAAGGCCCAGCUCCGGCCCUGCCCAUGCCGUUGCCCGAGCGCAAGGCGAUCAAGAUGCUCCCGCUGAAGGAGAUACGGCAAGAGAUGGACAUCAUCGAAACGCAACAGCAAGGGCUGGAAAAGCAGGGUGUGAUACUGGAGCAGAUGAUCCGCGAGCGGUGCGAAGGCGUCGAUCCGGAGAUGGACAUCACGGGGAUUCAGACCAACUCCAAGGAGGUGGAAGAUUUGAUCAUGCAGUUGUUCGAGCUGGUGAACGAGAAGAACGAACUCUUUCGGAGGCAAGCCGAGCUGAUGUAUUUGCGCCGUCAGCACCGACUGGAGCAAGAGCAAGCUGAUUUGGAGUAUGAGAUUCGCCUGCUGAUGGCACAACCCGAACGGAACAAAACCGAUUCCGACAAGGAAAAAGAGGAAGCACUAAUUGCUCGGCUGGUUGAGAUUGUUCAGAUGCGGAAUGAGGUAGUGGACUGCUUAGAGAUGGACCGAUUGAGAGAAGCAGAAGAAGACAUGAGCAUAAAACAAAGCAUCGAAGAAAGGACAGCCAGCCAACAGAAACAUGGUAAAAAGGAUUGCGACUCGGAAAAGGCUGCUGCUAGUGGGGACUCGUCGGCGAAGCUGUCGAAAAAAGAAAAGAAAAAGCUCAAAGAGGCGAAGAAGCUGGUCAAAUCGAAGAAAAUCGAUUCGGAAAAGGAUGCUGACGAAACCGAAAGCAGCACCAAAGAGAAAAAGAAGAAAAAGAAAUUCUUUUCUGAUUUUCUGCAUCCCAAAUCAUCCAACUGCUAGAAUGUUAUCCACCCGGAGUAUCGCAAUCUUAUGAUAACGCUUGUUUGUACUUGCUGCGCUUAAAUCAAUCUAUGAAGUGGUAUAUUUUCAAACCGAUAGCUUUUUACUCAGAGUUACAGAUUCUGAUCUGUAUGUCAAUCUGCGAGCCUUGCUUAGAACAACCGAAACAAUCAUACAUUCCAGUUGCUGUUGCAUAGUUUUCUUCAAUGUCGCUGAAGAAAAUAGUAAAGAAGUAGUUAAUUAGCUGUUAAAUCAUGUCAUCAUUUUUUUUUUCUUUUUUUUACAUAUCAUACUGAUUUAACAAAGUUUAUGUUUUUUUUUGUAUCUUGUGAUCGUUUCAUUUGUCAUUUCAGAAAGCAUUUAUAUGUAUAAACGAUACAUCGUGUAAAAAGACGUGUCCCUAGCUCGGUUAAGUUUUGUUUACCUUUUUUAUCGUUUAUGAUAUGGAAGCCUCUUUUUUCUGUGCGAUAUGUGAAUA